GCGGUGCUGUUCGGGCCUUCGCGAGCCCGGCUUUGUGCUCAGAGCUGUGGAGGCCCCGCCUCUCGAGGCUUCAAAGUUUGCGGCCAGCGUGGUGGUGCGCCUUGCCGGGAACCCAGAGAACAUGGACAUCAUUCAGGUGGCCCUGAACGACUCAAUGGUAGUGGUAGGGGCUAUGUGCAAGGGGAGGUUUGGGCUCGGCCCGGGCCGAACACCAAUAGGCUGGGAGAUCUUUGUUGAGCAGACGGGCGUUACCAAUGCCUAUCUCCAGCAGGGCUGGGAGAUGUUGACCCCAGCCGAGGGUGCGUCGCAACUCGGCGUUUUCGAUCCCGAGGUGGACCGGAUGAUCGCUGAGGGUGCCGUCGACUGGGUUUGGUUUAGUCCUCCUGAAGCAGCGUUUGUUGGCAGGUGCGGUACCGGGGGAGAUCAUGAUCACCUCAGGCCGGACCCUAAGAUCGAGUACCACUACGCGUGUUGGGCGCGAACCUUGGGUCUUGCUGAGAAGCUGAUCCACUGUGGAGGCCACUUCGUGAUCCAGCACCCUCGGUGUAGCAAGGCCUGGCGGCUGCGGAGCACAGAGUUAUUCUUGCGCAACGAGGGGGUAAAACGUUACCGGUGGGAUGCCUGUGCCUAUGUCUCUGAUGCACCUCGUGCCCAUGUCAGUGCUGGAGGUCCUCAGUAUUCAAACCUGUUGUUGUCGAACGCCCCGUGGCUUGGCUCUGCUGUGAAACAAUGCCCCAGGGAUCACACGCACGCUCCUACGCGACCCGGUCAGCAUAUCAGAUCCCGGCCCUACCCGGUAGAGUUCUGUCGUCAGCUGGUGGCGUCCCAUGCCGCGCGGGAAGGGAGGGCCUCAUCGACUGAGCCAGGCGGCUCUGUCUUCUGA